AACAAACUUACUCAGGUGAAAAAACCUUAAAACUCAAACUUAUCCAACUGAAAACUUCUGAUUCAAGACAUGGAUGUAAAUAAGAUUAUAAGCAAGAUUCAGAAUGGAGACUUUGAAGAUGUUGAACGGCUUAUCAAAGAAAAUCCUGAUAAAGUUAAAGAAACAACUUCAAAUGGCCUUACAUUACUCAUGGCUGCCUGUGAACGAGGCAGCAUAAGUUUAAUAACCUUAUUGACAGAAUCUGGCGCUGAUCUCAACAUCGGAGACAAAGACAAGAGGACAGCAUUGCAUUAUGCUGUGGAUAACCGUCAAACUGAGGCUGUGGCCUUCUUAGUCUCCAGGAGAGCAAAUGUUAAUGAGCAGAACUCACAGGGCGACACACCUCUACAUCGGGCUGUGUGGAACAAAGAUGAAGAUGUAGUCAAAGUCCUGUUAAAUAUCAAAGGAAACAACAAUUUACAGGUUAACAAGAAAAAUAAGGAUAGUAAGACACCGCUCCAUCUUGCUUCUCAGAACGGGCAAACGAAGAUUGUAAAACUUCUCCUUGAACACAAUGGCACAGACAUCUGUGCUGUGACCAAUUCAGGUGACACACCUCUGCAUCUGGCCUCAUUCCUUGGACACAUAGACAUUGUAAAACUUCUCCUACAACAGAAAGGCACUGGUAUCUGUGCUGUGACCCAAUCUGGUUGUACACCUCUACAUCAUGCCUGUCGGUAUGGACACACAGACACAGCUACACUUCUCCUACAACAAAAUGGCAUCGAUGCCAAUAAAGUGGACAAAGCUGGUGACACUCCUCUCCAUCUGGCAGUUCAAAAGCAACACCAUAAUGUGGUGGCUGCAAUGCUGGCCCAGGAUUCAGUGAAACUGGAUACUGAGAACAAUCGUAAAAGAACACCCUUACUGGAAGCCGUGUCUGCAGCCCACCUCGGAAUAAUCCAUGACAUUAUCACGCACGGUGCAAACAUGAAUGCCAUCGACAAUGAUGGCAAUAAUUGUUUGCACCUUUCCAUAAUAAGGAAAGAGAUAUUCCAUUCUGAGGUGGAACCCAUUCCCAUUUUAGAUGAGUGCUGCAAAGAGCUCCCACUGGACGAGGAUAGAAGGCUCUCUGGAAUUGUAGUUUUGAGUUAUCUUGCCAACCAAGGAGCCAGCUUAUACCAUCGUAAUAAUAAGAAUAUGACCCCAUUGGACUACAUAAAAAAUCAACUUUUAAAAGAAAAUUUACAAACAUUUUUACGAUCACUGUGUCGGUGGUGUCAAGAGAAAAAGGCUACUGUCACACUCCAUCCAUGUCAACAUACUGUUAUUUGUCAGAAUUGCUGUUCUCAAAUGACAUUUAAGCAAUGCCCCAUAUGUCGACAACACAUACACAGCAAAAGUGGAUUUGUGUGUCCAAAGUUUGAAGAGAAAGCAGUCCAGGCGGUUGUAGAGUCUGUUGAGUGUCCAAGGUGUAGAGAAAAAACAGUCAAGACGGUUGCAGAAUCUUUUGGUGAGUAUAAAAUAACUGUAAUUGAUUUCUAUAAAUUUUACCUUCACCUGAGAUGUAUUAUUUGUGUGAAUGACUGAGAACAGGUUCCAUUGUUACAUUUCUUUCGAAUGGUUAGCAAUAAAAGUAAUCUAUUCUCUACCUAAAAAUGCAAGAAUAUCCAAUAAAGGGGUUUUAUGAGACACAGGAAAAAUGUCUUUCACGAUAAGGAAAAAAUACAAAAGAUGAAAUAUAAACCCCGAAGCGGUUCUCUACCCUUAAUGAGACACAUUCACUUUUCUCUCAUCUCAUUGUUGUCUCCCUCCCCCCCUCUCUCUCUCAGCAUCUACAAGUAGCAGCCUCUAGUUUCCAGUCGUGUAACAACAUGAAUUAUAUUUAAAAUAUUGAUAUUACAGAAAUUUAAUAAAAUGUCCAGCAGUGUUGGCCCUGUUGCUAAAAUGGUUAAAUUAGAAAAAAAACAAAACAAUAGAGUUAAUAUUGUGUUUUGAAUGAAGGAAGAAAAACAUUUUGUUGUUUAAUGGUAAACAGGUGAGUUAAUGACAGUGUUUGUUUGUUGUACAUUUUCAAUAAGUUUACUGAUUAUUGUUGUUGAUGUUCUUGUUGAACAAGAUGGUUAAGUUGAAAGCUUACAAGUGUGAUCACCCUGUCUUUUUUUUCACUGUUAGUAAAUCUAUCAUUACAUCCAUUAAAACGAUGUCUUUGUCCAAGUAAGAAGCUUUGGUCUGCUGCUGAGACAAUUGCUCUCUCUCUCUCUCUCGCACUCUCUCUCUCUCUCUCGCUCUCUCCUUAAGGCAGACAUUGGCUGCAAGAUACAAUACAAUCGAUGUUAUUGUCCUCAUCAUUUAUAGUCUGCUCUCCUUGCUUCCAUGUAAUGGAUGGGUGAUCACUGUCCAAGUCAGUUCUUAUUCAGAGUUACUGUCCCCCUUGACUGCUUGAGAAACACAUCUCCCUUAAACAUUCCACCUUUUCUAUAGUGGGAUGCCCCCCCCCCCACACCAACCACUUCAUAAAGAGUCCUGAGUACAUUUUAAUGUGGCACAAGUACUAGAAAGAUUUUCAUGUGUCCAACAUUGAAACUGGAAUAGCUGUAGGUUGCACACUAUCAAUCACUUGGUUUGUGCUUGUUAUGGGGAUCGGCAGAUUUAUGAGAAGAAAUUACUCAGGCAAAAUCACCUAAGAAGACAUUCAUGGAUGACAUAAAAAUGCUAACAAGAGAUCCAAAGUAUAUGCAAUCAGUCCUAGAUAGAUUGGAUGGACUAAUUAAUUGCUCAAGAAUGCUGUUUGAAACAAAUAAUGAAUGCAUUCUGACAUUUGUGAAAGGUCAACAGAAGCAAGUGAAGUUCAAAAUAGCAGGAGAAACGAUGUGAAAGGUUAAAGAGUAACUUGUAAAAUGUUUUGGACUGUGGUAGACGAUCUCAUUGUCCGAUAAGAGUAGAGGCAUUGAUGUCAUUGCGGAAACCGAGGAUGGGCAAUAAGCAUUUGCCAAGUCAAAACUUCUGGGCAAA